GAAACUGAACGAGCGACUGCAGCAGGACUCCGAGCAUGGAGCCUAUAACGUCGUGGAGCGAGGAGAGAGUCUGCGAAUGGCUUCAAGGUCUGGAUGCCCCUUUGCAUCAGUACCCGGUCUCGGAGUGGCAAUUGUCGGGUCUGGACCUGCUCCAGUUGACCUCUCAGGACCUGGAAAAGUUGGGAGUCCAUAAGAUCGGGCACCAGGAGCUGAUACUGGAAGCUGUGGAGAAGCUCUGCUCUCUGACGUACGGUAUAGGUGGGGAGAACCUACGCGGUUUGACAGAGAAGCUGCGUGCUGUUGCCCACAGCCUCCAGAUGGGCAUCCAGGGCCGAUGGCGACACAAUAGCUACGAUGGACGGAGCGCCAUCAAGCUGCCUCCUGGUGUCCUGCAGGCUGUUGUGGAGCUCAUCGCCUCUGCCAAAGGACUCUUCUCUUUGCUCAACAGGUAUCAGUUAUCCCAGCUCAGUGGAUACAGCACCAGCAAGAACAUAUACAGCUUCUGCAGGGAGCUGGGAGAAAUUGUUCACAAGGAUACCACAGUCUAUGAAAAGGAAAAGGACAUCAUCCCUGUGUGCCGUCAGUUGGUGGCAGUGUGUGAUGAGAUCCUGAACUCCAGCCCCGAAGCACUUCUUACCCACACUGCUCAGCUCCAGAGUGUCGACCUAGUGCCUGUGUCACCUGGCGAUCAGCUGGGUAUUGAGAUAACUUCCACCGGCUCCAUUAACCACUACGUGACCGGAACUGCUGCUGAGCCUUCAGCUGAUGCCUAUGUAAAGAUCAUCGCUGGUGAUGAAGUGAUUAAAGUCAAUGACCAGAUAGUGGUGGGCUGGAGCCGAGCUAACCUUGUGAAGAAGCUACGGGAGAAUCCCAGUGGAGUGACUCUGGUCCUCAAGAAGAUCCCUGGGUCAGUGAGGCGCGGAGACCAACAGCUCUCCUCUACACAGGGGGACGAGGAGAAAGAAGAGAGGUCAGAGGAGGAGGAAGAGGAGGAGGAGGAAAAGGACGAGGAGGAGAAUCCAAGGAACUCCAUAUUUGAGAGGGUAGCAGCUUCUGUCAGGUCCUUAUCUUUUAGGAGAGCAGUUCAAGGGCCAGAGGUAAAUCAGCAGCCUAUGGGACAGGAGGAAUCAGAGUUGGCUUUUGACAAAGAGCUAGAGGGGAGCCUGACUCUCACUUCAUAUCAAAACCAACAGGGGGGGUUGUCACCACUGUCCGCUUCAGGGGACUUUGAGAGUUUUGAAAGUUCAAGGGUUUCUCCAAGCAUCCAAAGAGACCGCUCACUAUCACCCAGAAGUCAUUCGCCCCUGGGAUCACUCAGGAGCUCUUCACCUCAGGGAGUCAACCAGGAAACAGCAAGCAUCACCUCCUGCCCUGAAAUGGUGGGACACACGGGAAAUAAGGACUCAAAGAAAGGUUCUACAAAAGGAAUGACGACAGCUCUGAGUCGGCGUCGUGUGUCCUGCCGUGAACUCGGUCGCCCCGACUGCGACGGCUGGCUGUGGAAGAAGAGAAAGGAUAGCAGUGUCUUCAUCGCCCAGAAGUGGCAACGCUUCUGGUUUGUCCUCAAGGGGCCAUCUCUUUACUGGUACACCAGCCAACAGGACGAGAAGGCAGAGGGUCUUGUCAAUAUAGCAAGCUACAACAUAGAGAGCGCCGGAGAACACAAAAGAAAAUAUGUGUUCAAAAUGUGCCACCAGCGAUUUCAGAAUUUCUUCUUCGCUGCCGACAACGUCAGUGACAUGAGCAAGUGGAUUAACUGUCUUAUUACAGCCAUACAGAAGCACAAGAAGUUCCAUACGGGCCCAGAUAGUGAAGAAGAAUGUUACAGUGAGACUGAAUCGGAGAGCGAGGCAUCUCCCUCUCCCCGCAGGAAAAACAAGAAGGUGCAGUCCAACACUCUGCCUCGCCCCAAGGGGAAGACAAACAAGGUGCUAUUGUCAAGUCCUACGACAGGGGGCAGCAAAGGUACAGGUGGCGCAGUAGAUGAGAUGGGUAUGAUGUUAAACAACAUAAAGGAAGGAGGAGUUUCUCUGAUCGGCCAUGAACAGCCAUUUACGCACGACCACUUCAGGAAAUCGUUCAUUCGACGUAACAAGAACCCUGUUAUCAACGAGAAGGCGCACACUCUCCGGGCCCUGCAGAGCACUCUGAAGGCCAAAGAAGCAGAACUGCAGCAGAUAAACAAGAUCCUGGAGGAAUCUGAUCUCACAGCCUCUAAGUACCGUCAGUGGAAGGACCACAACGAGGAACUAGUUCAAGAAAUCGAAAGACUGGCCAGACUCAGGGCCUCCAAAGGAGGGGACGACGCGGCAGCACAAGACACGCCUGCUGAGAAGGUUGCCUUGGAAACGGUAGCUAAGGAAACAGCCACCGCAGAGACAAAAGGUGCAUACAGACUGAGCCUUAGCGAUGGAGAGCAGUUAGUGGACGCGGAGCUGUCUGAUGUUCUCCUGGAGAUCCCGCAGGGUUCUCCGACCACAGAGUCCAGUCCAGUGUUAGAACUCUCUCUGGGAUCGCUGCAGGAAUCAAUAAACAAACAGCUAAGUGAAAUGGUGGAGAGCGGAGAAGCUGCAGAGAACUACUUCUACAUUUAAGGCCACGCUGGAACGAUCACACCCCUGCAAAGUUGCUCUGUUUACCAGAAUUAGACAAACAGAAGAAGUGUGAGAAAGUUGUAUUUCACUUGGGCCUCACUUGCUGACAUUCACCAGAGACGAUUAGUUCAAAUUGACAUUAAAUCAGCUCUUUUAAUCAAGUAUGUCAGUGAAAUGGAUCAGUGCAGAUUUGUUUGCCUUUUUUUUAAAGCAAGCAAAUUUAGACCUAGACUUGCUCCACAACACAUUUGACAAGUUUACAACAGAGAAAAGAACAAUUUGCCAAGUCUCAAUCUGAGUUCAGUAUAUAUUUAUGGGAUUCUAAGGCUGUCUUGUUCCUCUAAUGAUAAACAUUUUUAGAAGAGAUUUUUCUUAGAAUUCUAUGAGAGUUUGUAAUAUAAAUCAUGCCUCUUGUAAUGUGAUAUGUAAAUACAGUUUUACUAUAAAUACUGUAUGUAUUUGUUUAUUGACAUUACCUUAAUAAAGGUAUACAGUUGAAUAUUUUGCACAUAAAAUGUACUUCAGAAACACUUGUGAGUUUUUUGAGUCUUGUUAGCCCAUGUGGAGAACACUUUACUUUACCACAAACUGUGUGUGUUUGUGAACCAUAUGGCAGAGUGCCUCAUUUCAGAACUCUUGUAUAUAAUGGUUCAGUGUUCCUUGUUGCUCAAGUCUGCCAUGAAUACAGCAAAACAAGCAAGGACUCCUCAAGGCUCUGCUCCUUUUCACUGUAACACUCGUUGGCUUAAUAAAAAGGGAGCGUGAUGAUCA